AUGUCAGGCAGCGGCGUCACCAUAUCCGACGUGCUCAGCAGAGAGCGCAACAUCAACAUCUUCGCUGGUUUCACUCGCGAUAUCGAGUCUGUGUCGAGACGCCUCGAAGCUGGCUCGCACAACACCACAUUGCUCGCGCCCCUCAACUCGGCCAUCACUAGACUGCCUAGAAAGCCAUGGGAGGAUCCACAAGACUAUGCUGCUCUCGGCCAAAACGCAUAUGACGGUCAAGACGGCGAGGACAGAGCGCAUAGGAAUUUGAGGCGUUUUGUCGAGGCACACGUGGUUCCAGAGUCGCCAUGGGCCGAGGGCCAUAAGGUACAAACCCUGGGUGGAGAUACAGUAUGGUGGGAAGAGAAGGACGGAAAGAAACUGGCAAGUUUUAUUCAGCCUGGAGGUAUUCAAGUCUCGAGUAUUCCCAACAAGGUCGCCAACGGAGAAGUCUGGGUAUUGGAAGGUGCUCGCAAUUAUGCUUAA